AAGAAAUGAUUCGUUUACAUACAUCGCAGGGCGAUCGGCGAUUCACGGCACGUGCGUGCAGCAUGUGGAAUCACGACACGCGACUAACAAUGUUGAAUCGAUAUCUUCCUAGCAACUAGCGAGGCGACUUCUUGGUUAACGCGCAUUUCUACCUGAGAUAAUACGAAGAAAUCGCGAGUUUGUCGUUCAUUGAAAUUCAGUGAUUGACGCAACGCGAAAAUGGUGAGGAUCACACUGGAGCUGAUACGAAAGCGCUCGGAGCACAACGAGGGCGAGAUAUCCACGUUGGAGGAGAUAGCCCUGCACCAAGAGAAUAUCGAUAAAAUCGAGGUGAUAGGCAGGCACUGCAGGGAUCUCAAGAUUCUCCUGCUGCAGCACAAUCUCAUAUCGAAGAUUGAGAAUCUGAAUAUGCUGAAGAAGUUGGAGUAUUUGAACCUGGCCAUUAACAACAUCGAGGUUAUCGAAAAUCUGGAAGGCCUGGAGAGCCUGAAAAAGUUGGACCUCACCAUCAAUUUUAUCGGAAAUCUACAAAGUGUGAAGAAGCUCAGGUGCAAUGAGAACCUGGAGCAGUUGAUUCUAAUGGGGAACCCGUGCACGGAUUACGAAUACUACAGGGAAUACGUCGUGGCGACUCUGCCGCAAUUGCGUGAGCUUGACAUGAAGGAGAUCGAAAGGUCGGAACGCAUCAAGGCAUUGCAAGUGUACGCGCGGGCACGAGACGACGUUAUCGAGGCGUAUCGAUGCUAUGAGAAAAGCAGACUGGCUCGACAGGCGCGUCGCCGUCGUGACGCCACACUAGAAAUCACCGAGAUAAAUGAGACGGAUACUACAGAGGAGAACAAAGAAAAAAAUAGAGAAAACACAAAGGAGGAGCAGAACGGAAAUGCAAACACAGAACAGGAUGACGAAUCAGAGGAUGAUCGUUUUUGGAAGCAGCCUAGCUAUCAUACGCCGGAAGACAGGAUUGCUAUUGCCGAACGGUUUGCCAGGAAACAAGAGAAGAAGAAUCGCGCCUCCGACAAGAAGGCCGAUCUCUCUAAACGUGAGCUGAAGUUGUUCGCUCCGGAUGGAAGGCCUUACAAUAUGAAUCAGCCGAAAGUGCCGUUCAAACUGAACGACGAGGACGACCCCAAUUUCGUAAUACUCGAAGUCGCCGUUUAUAGGCACCUGGACACCUCUUAUAUCGACGUCGACGUGAACCCGACUUACGUGCGAGUUACCAUAAAAGGAAAGAUUCUGCAGUUGACCAUACCCUGCGAGAUAUCGGUCGAGAAGAGCAAAGUCCAACGAAACACGACCACCGGAAGUUUGGUGAUCACUAUGGCCCGCUUGACGCCGUGCGUGACAAUAAUCGCGAAGAAGGACGAGUCGACAACGACGAGAAAGAAGCUGGGCAAGCGCGAGUCAAAGGUCAUCACGAUUCGGCCACCGGUUACCUCCCGACGCGCUUUUCUCGAGAUCGGCCCACCCUCGGAUAUUCUUGAUCUUCUGAAGAUAACCGAAGAUCCCGCGAAACGAGGCCAGAGGAACGUCCUCGCGCGAGGGAAGGAGGGGACAGUGGAGGGUUUCGAAGACAAUCCGGACGUGCCGGCGCUCGAAUGAACGGCGAGGAUGCAGUAGCAAACGAAAGAGAUUCAUUAUCGCGAAUGAC